AAAUAAUCCUAAAAAUGGAAGAUUUUGAAGUUUAAGACUAUUCAACGGGAUUAUCAAGAUUCUACUCCAUAGAAGGGUAAAUAGAAAUUGAAUAUAUUUUAAUAGAGCAGAAAUUCUUGAGAUAAGAGAUGUCAUUAAAGUGAUCAAUAAAGAUAUGAAAGAGCUUUCAGAUGAAUUGUAUUUUAAUAUGGAUAAUACUUUUGAAGUAAUUUAUGUUAAUAAUUUAAAUUAUUCGUGUAUUACAAUUGGAAUCGAGAAGAAAUCCUUUAAAAAUACUUUUGCUCUACUAAUUAAGAAGGUUUAUUGAUAUAAUUAAAAGCCUAAGAAAUUGUUAAUGACCAUGG